GGGUGAAAGGGCGGCCGGGGGCGCUGGUGAAAGGGUGGUUGGGGCCGCGGCGGCAGGCAUGGCGGCGACACUGGGUUGUUGGGCUGCGAGAGGCCGGCGAGGGCUCCGGACGCUACUGAGGUGCGAAACACUGGGGUGGAGAUGGUGCGUUAUAACGUCACACAAACUGUAUUCAUCUACAUAUGAUCCAAAUGAAAAGACUUUUGAAAAACUCCUUAUUGCCAACAGAGGAGAGAUUGCAUGUCGGGUCAUCAAAACAUGUAAGAAGAUGGGGAUUAAAACAGUUGCCAUACAUAGUGAUGUUGAUGCCAAUGCUGUUCAUGUGAAAAUGGCGGAUGAAGCUGUCUGCGUUGGCCCAGCUCCCACCAGCAAAAGCUACCUCAACAUGGAUGCCAUCAUGGAAGUCAUUAAGAAAACCAGGGCCCAAGCUGUACACCCAGGAUAUGGAUUUCUCUCAGAAAAUAAAGAAUUUGCUAGACGUUUGGCAUCAGAAGGUGUCACCUUCAUUGGACCUGACACACAUGCUAUUCAAGCUAUGGGAGACAAGAUUGAAAGCAAAUUGUUAGCCAAGAAUGCGAAGGUCAACACGAUCCCUGGCUUUGAUGGAGUAGUCAAGGAUGCAGAUGAAGCUGUCAGAAUUGCAAGGGAAAUUGGCUACCCUGUCAUGAUCAAGGCCUCAGCAGGUGGUGGCGGGAAAGGCAUGAGAAUCGCUUGGGAUGAUGAAGAGACCAGGGAAGGUUUUAGGUUUUCGUCUCAAGAAGCUGCUUCAAGUUUUGGCGAUGAUCGUUUACUGAUAGAAAAGUUCAUUGAUAACCCUCGUCACAUAGAAAUUCAGGUUUUGGCAGAUAAACAUGGUAAUGCCUUGUGGUUGAAUGAGAGAGAAUGCUCCAUCCAAAGGAGAAACCAAAAAGUUGUGGAAGAAGCACCAAGCACUUUCCUAGACCCUGAAACUCGAAGAGCGAUGGGAGAACAAGCAGUAGCUCUUGCCAAAGCAGUAAAAUAUUCCUCUGCUGGAACAGUAGAAUUCCUUGUGGACUCCAGUAAGAAUUUCUACUUCUUAGAAAUGAAUACUAGACUUCAGGUUGAACAUCCCGUCACAGAAUGCAUUACCGGCCUGGACUUAGUCCAAGAAAUGAUCCGUGUUGCUAAGGGUUACCCUCUCAGGCACAAACAGGCUGAUAUUCCCAUCAAUGGCUGGGCGGUUGAAUGUCGAGUUUAUGCUGAGGACCCCUACAAAUCUUUUGGCCUGCCAUCCAUUGGUAAACUCUCUCAGUAUCAGGAACCAUUGCACGUGCCAAGUGUACGUGUUGACAGUGGCAUACAACAAGGAAGUGAUAUUAGCAUUUAUUAUGAUCCUAUGAUCUCAAAACUGAUUACCCAUGGCUCUAAUAGAGCUGAAGCACUGAAAAGAAUGGAAGAGGCUUUGGACAAUUAUGUAAUUCGAGGUGUGGCUCACAAUAUUUCUUUACUGCGAGAAGUGAUCGUCCAUCCACGCUUUGUUCAAGGAGAUAUCAGUACGAAAUUCCUGCCUGAAGUCUAUCCUCAUGGUUUCAAAGGACACGAGUUGACAGAUCUUGAAAGAAGAGAACUACUGGCAACAGCAGCGUCUUUGUAUGUGGCUGAGCAACUGAGAUCACAGCGAUUUUUAGGGAAUCCAAGAAUUCCUAUUGCUAAAUCAAAGAGAAGGAGCUGGGAGCUCUCUGUGCGUCUAGGAGAUGGAAUUUACCCUGUUGCGGUUUCAAAGGAUGCCUCAUCAUUUUCUGUGGAAGUUGAUGGGAUGAAACUAAAUGUGACCAGCGAGUGGAACCUGGCUUCACCCUUAUUGUCUGUCACCAUUGAUGGUACUCGGAGGAUUAUACAGAGACUUUCUCGGAGUGCAUCUGGAGAAUCAAGCAUUCAGUUCCUGGGCACAGUGUACAAAUUACAAAUACUGAUGAAGGUUGCUGCAGAGCUGAGCAAGUACAUGCCAGAAAAAGCAGCAGAGGACACCUCCAGCAUUUUGAGAUCUCCCAUGCCUGGAUCAGUGGUGGCAGUUUCUGUCAAGCCUGGAGACAUGGUUUCAGAAGGUCAAGAGAUUUGUGUAAUUGAAGCAAUGAAAAUGCAGAACAGUAUGAUUGCUGCUAAAACAGGCAAGGUGAAAGCUGUGCACUGCAAAGCCGGCGCUACCGUUGGAGAAGGAGAUCUGCUGGUGGAACUGGAAUGAAAAGUUGCCUCCACACUGUUGAAUUAGCUAAGGCUUUAUUAUUUUCAUCUGCAAAGUAAGAUUAAGGCAACUGAACACAGAAGAUGGGCAGUCCUGCACACAGGAUUGUACACAGUCAUGUUUAUUGUAUCAGUGGUUAAGACAGCAAACACAGAUGUUAAACCUUGGCAACAGAUCCCAGAUUUUUACUUCCAGAAAUACUUGUACAUAACAUUUGUAAUUCUUUUGAUUUUUCAGGAUUAAAUAAAAUCAAUAAAAUACUAUUUCUGCUUUAAAACAGGAAGAGCCUCUUUUUUCAAAAAAAAAAGAAAACACAACAGAAGCUCAAGUCCUAUUCAUCUGCUCCAUGGUAGUGUCACUGGUUUGAAGGCCCAGCCAAAUUGUACAGAAUGGUUGUGGUAACAGUGAAAAACGAACCACUGGUGGUUAACAGAGUAGUUUUCCUAUAUUCUGUGUAAGCACUGAACAAGUACUGCUGGUGGCUUAAAUUCUGGUCAGAUUUGCUGUAACAUUUUGAAUAGACUAGGUUGUAAUUACAGGUUAGAUGAGUUAUUUUGCUAGUGUAGAUUCUCCAUCUAUUUUAAUUUACAGUGCUAAGGGUGACUCCACACUCAAAAUCUGCCCCCUCUCCCCUGCUUAUCUCCUUUCUAUUGAUUACUGAAUGCAAGUCUUCACAGGAGGAGCUGUCCUCAAGUCCCCUUAGCCACCCCAAGUUAUUGCUAGUGGUACUUGCUGUCCCUCAGGCCAAGCCUCCUCUUGAACUUUUACAAGAAAGGGACACCCAAGCAUCUGAUCUUUUAUUGUGCAGAGGCUCUUAGUAAAGACUGUGUGAAGAACUAGGAUAAUUCAUAGUACAAGACUAUAUCCUGCUGGAAUUGCCUUGUGUCCUAUGUGGGGAACCUGAGAGGGCCUGGAGAGGAAGAAGACUGAAGAACCUUGAGAGGGUUGGUGACUUGGUCAGAGCAGGUAAGAUGUACUUUUUUUUAACCUCCUUGCACAGGAGCUCUGUACCAAUGGAUGAUGCAGGUACCAGAAGUUUACUGGCUUCAAAGUGCUAGUUUGAGGUUAACAGAGACUCUUUCUUCCACUGAUUGAUCUAGCUUGGUAAGUCAGCAGCUGCAG